GCGGAGGCUUUUGUCGUCAUCAUCAUCGUUCAUCCCGUUCAGGUUUUCAUACAAGCUCUACCUUUGACGACGAGGAAGUGUGGAUUUUGGGGGAAAUUUUACUUUUUAAAGUCGAUUAGCUCUUACAAGCUGGACCACAAUGGAGGAUUCAGAGAAAAGAAAAGAAAUAUUGAAAGCAAUGCGCAUGGAAGCUGCUGCACAGAACGAUGUUUCUACAGAGCCUGAAACCUCUAUGAACACAGGCCACCUUUCAAAUCCGUUGGCUGAGACAUCCACUCACCAGCAGGAAACAUAUGAAACACCAAGGUUCGAUUAUUACACGGACCCGAUGUCUGCUUAUUCCAGUUUCAAAAGAAGCAAGACUGCUCCUAAUCAACAACACAUCUCAUCUCCUCAAAUCAACCCUCCAGUGCCGCAGUUUCCACCAUCUGUUCCAGGAUCGUUGGGCAGUGACUAUCAGGCACAUGCCAAUCAUGGCGGUUUUCAAGCGGCUCAUUAUGAUGGUGAUAAUCGGUAUAGUGCACCUAGAGGGAUGGCACCAUCUCACAGAGGUUCACCCGUCGCUUGGAAUAACAACUUUAGGCCUCCACCAGUGAACCAUUUAGGUCAACCUCAAUGGGUACCUCGCCCUUUUCCAUUCCCUCAAGAAAGCCAUGAUAUGGGGAAUAAUAGAUUUGGUGGUCGAGGCAGCUACAACAACACCGCUCCACAAUUUCCCCACUACGGACGACAAAGUUCUAACUGGGCUGGAAACACGUAUCCUGGUUCAGGAAGGGGCAGAAGCCAAGGACGCGGUAUGAACAGAAGCUUUGGGAGAAAUGGAGGAAGAGGACCCACGGAAGGAGAUGCAAAACGAUUUUACUCGAAUUCCAUGGCUGAAGAUCCAUGGAAGUAUCUUAAGCCAGCCGUAUGGAAGAGCUGCUCAGAUGCCUCUAGCAGCAACUCAACAGGUCAACCCUGGCUUCCCAAUUCUAUAGCACCAAAGAAACCUGAAGCUUCCCACAAACCUAGCAAUAAUCAGCAGAGCCUUGCUGAGUAUCUUGCUGCUUCUCUGGAUGAGGCUACAUGCGAUGAGCCAAGCAAUUGAUCAGGGACAAUUUUUUGCUAAUGGAAAACACCAAAACCAAGCAUCUCGAGUACCAAUCAGGAUGCCCGGAAAGAUCACCGAUGACUAUUUCCGAACAGGUGUUGUUCCAUGGCUGGUGUUCAUUUUCUUAACGAGGCACAACAGAGAAUGAUGGUCCUCUUGAAGGUGCCUGUUGGGAGUAGAAUGGUUUGGCAAUCAGGGUUUCGACUCAGCUUUGGUUUUGGUUUUGGCGGAUUUCCGAUUUACGAAUCUAAUGAGGAUCCAAUUUGUAUGGUUUGGGUUCGGUUUUAAAUUAAAUACAUCUUUAGCUUUCAAACAAAAUUUAGACUGUGAUCAGAUCUUUUCUUCUUUUUUUGGCUCGGUUCAGAUUCGGUUUAGUUUUAUUUUUUUAUAGGAAAACUGACUUUAAUGAUUCGGUUAUUUCAAUUUGGUUUUGGAUCGAAAUAGGUUUGGCUACGAGAAAGGUGCACUUAUUAAUUGAAUCAAUCGGACAUGGACCAUGGAUCUACUACGCAUAUCAGUUCUCUCCCUCUCUCUCUAUCUAGAAAUGGAGGCAAACCCAGUGACAGAUGUCAAGAUCUCGUCGGUGGUACCUGCUUCUGUGACAGGUGAGAACAAGCCACGACAUCUCACGGCCAUGGACUUGGCCAUGAAGCUCCACUACGUCCGAGCCGUUUACUUCUUCAAGGGUACACGUGACUUCACCAUGGCUGAUUUGAAGGACAACAUGUUUCCUCUGCUCGAGCUCCAAUGUUAUGACCACGUGACCGGUCGGAUCCGGAUGCCUGACCACGACCCUUCUGCUCCAGCCAUACCUUACAUUCGCUGCAACGACAGUGGCACACGCAUUGUCGAAGCGAAAGUCGAAGAGUUCACGGUCGAGGAGUGGCUCGACUUGGACGACCGUUCCAUCGACCACCGGUUCCUUGUCUACGAUCACGUUCUUGGUCCUGAUCUUUUUUUCUCUCCACUCGUUUUCCUCCAGAUAACACAGUUCAAAUGUGGCGGGUUCUCUAUGGGGCUGACUUGGUCGCAUGUUCUAGGAGAUGUGCUUUCAGCAUCAACUUUCAUGAAAACAAUGGGACAAACACUGUCGAGUCAUGGCCCACCCAAAGUCGUUUACCCGAAAAAGCCCGAAGUGACCCCUCAUCAACCUCAUGAUCAAGGUGAUGUUGAUGAAGCGAUCUCCAUUAAAAAGAUAGAAUCGGUUGGGAAGUAUUGGUUACUUACUAAUAAAUGGAAGAUGGAGAGAUUUAUUUUCAACUUCAGCCUCGACCAAAUAGACCGUUUGAUGGCCAAGUGCGCGGCGGCGCGAGACCAACCAUUUUCGGAGGUUGAUAUUCUAUGUGCAUUGAUAUGGAGGUCGAUACUGAAUAUCCGUGGCGAAAGAGACACGAAUGUCAUAACGAUUUGCGACCGUAAAAUGUCUUCAACCUGUUGUUGGAAUGACGACUUGGUAAUAAGCGUAGUGGAAAGAAAAGACGAGACGGCUGAGAUAUGUGAACUAGCGGCGUUGAUCGCCGGCGGGAAAAGAGAAGAAACCGGCGUGAUCAAGCGGAUGGUAGAACAAGACAGAGGGUCUUCGGAUUUUAUCACUUACGGUGCAAAUCUAACGUUUGUGAAUCUUGACAUGGCGAAUAUGUGUGAGCUUGAGAUCAAAGGUAAGAAGCCUGAUUUCGUGAACUACACGGUUCACGGGGUCGGGGACAAAGGAGUUGUUUUGGUUUUACCCAAGGGAAAGCUUGCAAGGAGUGUAAGUGUGGUGUUGCCUGAACAAGACCUUGCAAAGCUCAAGGUUGAGCUCGAGAUGACUUCUUCUUUCGAUGCUUCCGCUUUGGCUAAGCAGCUCAAGUCAGUUUUGGGGAUUUCCCUCGACGAUUCGGUGUCCGACGAGGUGGUGCUUGCGAUUGCAAGCACGUCUUUGGCGCUAGUAGUUGGGUUCGCGGUGUUGCUAUGGAGGAAGGCGGCGUCGGAUCGGAGCCAGGAGGUGAAGCCUAUGAUGAUCCCCAAGUCUCUCAUGGCCAGGGACGAGGACGACGAUGAUGUGGAUUUGGGAUCCGGGAAGAGCAGAGUCUCCAUCUUCUUCGGUACUCAGACUGGAACAGCCGAAGGAUUUGCAAAGGAUGACUAUGCUGCCGAUGAUGACCAAUACGAAGAGAAACUGAAGAAGGAAACUUUGGCAUUCUUUUGUGUUGCUACUUAUGGAGAUGGAGAGCCUACUGACAAUGCUGCCAGAUUUUACAAAUGGUUUACGGAGGGGAAUGAAGGGGAUUUAAGGCUUCAACAACUAAAGUAUGGUGUGUUUGCUCUUGGUAAUCGACAGUACGAACAUUUUAAUAAGAUCGGGAUAGUUCUUGAUGAAGAGCUCUGUAAGAAAGGUGCAAAGCGUCUUAUUGAAGUUGGUCUAGGAGAUGAUGAUCAGAGCAUUGAGGAUGAUUUUAAUGCCUGGAAAGAAUCGCUAUGGCCUGAGCUAGACAAGCUCCUCAGAGACGAGGAUGAUACAAGUGUGGUAACUCCUUAUACAGCUGUUAUUCCUGAAUAUCGGCUGGUGAUUCAUGAUCCUAGUUUUACAACUGAGAAAUCAGUGGACGCGAAUGUUGCUAACGGAAAUGCUGCUAUUGACAUUCAUCAUCCCUGCAGAGUUGAUGUUGCUGUGCAGAGGGAGCUUCACACACCAGAAUCUGACCGGUCUUGUAUUCAUCUCGAGUUCGACAUAUCUGGCACUGGUAUUACGUAUGAAACAGGAGACCAUGUAGGAGUGUAUGCUGAGAAUCAUGCUGAAGUAGUUGAAGAAGCUGGGAAAUUGCUUGGCCACUCUGUAGAUUUAGUAUUUUCCAUACAUGCUGAUAAGGAAGAUGGCUCACCACUGGGGAGCUCGUUGCCGCCUCCCUUCCCUGGGCCAUGCACACUUGGUACUGGUUUGGCAAGAUACGCAGAUCUUUUGAACCCUCCUAGAAAGUCUGCGUUAGUUGCCUUGGCGGCCUAUGCCACUGAACAAAGUGAAGCCGAGAAACUUAAACAACUGACAUCGCCUGAUGGAAAGGACGAAUACUCGCAAUGGAUCGUUGCAAGCCAGAGAAGUCUUUUAGAGGUGAUGGCUGCAUUUCCAUCGGCAAAACCCCCACUGGGAGUGUUUUUUGCUGCAAUAGCUCCUCGUCUACAACCUCGUUACUACUCCAUCUCAUCCUCGCCGAGAAUGGCGCCAAGCAGAGUUCAUGUUACAUGCGCACUAGUAUACGGUCCAACUCCUACUGGUAGAAUCCACAAGGGGUUGUGUUCGACGUGGAUGAAGAAUGCAGUUCCCGCGGAGAAAAGCCGUGAAUGCAGUGGAGCUCCCAUCUUUAUUCGAGCAUCCAAUUUCAAGUUACCAUCCAACCCUUCAACUCCAAUCGUCAUGGUGGGACCUGGGACUGGCCUGGCACCUUUCAGAGGGUUUUUGCAGGAAAGGAUGGCACUAAAAGACGAAGGGGUAGAACUAGGAUCAUCGCUGCUCUUCUUUGGGUGUAGAAAUCGGCGAAUGGAUUUUAUUUACGAGGAUGAACUCAAUAACUUUGUUGAUCAAGGCGUGAUAUCUGAGCUCAUCGUGGCAUUCUCUCGUGAGGGAGCACAGAAGGAGUACGUUCAGCAUAAGAUGAUAGAGAAGGCAGCACAAGUUUGGAGUUUAAUAAAGGAAGAAGGAUAUCUCUACGUGUGCGGCGAUGCCAAGGGUAUGGCGAGAGAUGUCCACCGGACUCUACAUACCAUUGUUCAGGAGCAGGAAGGCGUGAGUUCGUCAGAGGCGGAAGCUAUAGUUAAGAAACUUCAAACUCAAGGAAGAUACCUCAGAGAUGUCUGUUUUUAA